AUGGCUGUGAAAAGCGUCGAGAUAGAAGAACUCUCGGUCGCCUCUGAAGUUUCUGGCCCAGAGACUCAGAGUCGAGGGGAGCUCCAUGUCCCGUCAGGGAAGCACGUCCAUACGACUGCGAGCGACCAGAACACGGUCGAAACAAAAGCAUUCAGACGACAAGACGGCGGCUUGCGGGCUUACGAAGAAUGUUGGGACCGCGUUCGGGAUGGGGGACAAGAUCUUGAUCGGACGGAGCAGGUCAUAUUUGGGAUCUCGCGAAUUUUGCUGGAUUGGAAAAAGAGAUUGGCGAUUUUGCGCGGAGCAGAAGCUUGGGAGUCGGGCGCGUUAGAAUCGCGCGGCGGAAGAGCGGGGGAUGGGGCUCUCAUGCCGGAAUCAUGCCUCAAGGGCCGCACCGCGAGGGGUUCGGUGGAAUCGCGGCCGUUGAUCAUUGGCUGCAUGGUCGGGCUUGCCGUGCCUCUCGUUUUCGUGCUGUACCUGAUGGCCACUACCAACCGAGCUUGGUCAGACAUCAGUCAGCUUUGGAACCUCUCCCCUUCGGUUCGGUUGCCUCUAUCGACGUGGGAGCGGCCCGGGUGCAUUCUCACUCUCGACUCGCGCUACAACCCCGAGGGGGUUCUGGCUGUGCAGGUGGCUGUAGCGCGGCUCCUGAGAGACCUGGGGGCGGAAGGGGAAGGGGUGGGGGGGGCAGGCGGAACUUUUGAGUCGGCACAAAAGCCAGUGGAGGCGGCUGUAGCGCGGCUCCUGAGAGACCUGGGGGCGGAAGAGGGGGGGGGAGCUUUUGAGUCGACUCACAAGCCAGCGGAGGCGGCUGUAGCGCGGCUGCUGAGGGACCUGGGGGGGGAGGCGGAGGGAAGGCGGGGGGUCGAGGCGGAGGGGGUUGGGGGGGCUACUCAAGAGCCAGCGGAGGCGGCUGUAGCGCGGCUGCUGAGGGACCUGGCGGGGGAGGUGGGGAGGGUGGAGGGAGAGAGGGUUGGGGGAGAAGGGAAGGGGCGGGAGGGUGUAGGGACGGGCGCAGGGGGUGCGGGCGCAGGGGGUGCGGAACGGAUAGGGCGGAGGGGGAAGUUGCGGGAACGGAGUGAGAAGGAAGUAGAAGUGGGGAGUUUGGGGAGGGGGGCGAGGGCAGGGCAGGGGAAGGAUGAGGGGCAGGGUAAGGAGGGGCCUUGGAAGGAUGAGAAGGAGGUGGAAAGGGAGAGCGGAAAGGGAGGAGAGGGCGGAAAGGGAGGAGAGGGCGGAAAGGGAGGAGAGGGCGGAAAGGAAAUGUCUGAUUCGUGGCGGAGGUUUUAUGGUGCGCUCCCUAAGUACGUGUUACCAUGUGCGUACGUGUUACCGUGUGCGUACGUGUUAGCAUGUGCGUACGUGUUACCAUGUGCGUACGUGUUACCAUGUGCGUACGUGUUACCAUGUGCGUAUGUGUUACCAUCUGUGUACAUGUUACCAUGUGCGUACGUGUUACCAUGUGCGUGUGUGUUACCAUGUGUGUACGUGUUACCAUGUGCGUACGUGUUACCAUGUGCGUACGUGUUACCAUGUGCGUACGUGUUACCAUGUGUGUACGUGUUAUCAUGUGCGUACGUGUUACCAUGUGCGUACGUGUUACCAUGUGCGUACGUGUUAUCAUGUGCGUACGUGUUACCAUGUGCAUACGUGUUACCAUGUGCAUAUGGGUGCCUUUGUGUCACGAUUUGGCUGCCUAGGGUGGUGGAAGCGGAUGGGCAUGGGAUCAGCUGA